CUGACUCACUCUCCUCAUAAUUAACAGCGAGGACGUAGGUGCAUCAGGAUCUUGGAAGUCGGUGGAACAAAAUCUUCAGGUUUUAGGGGAGUUAACGAGGAAUCCGCUGCUGUGUGGGGGGAAAAAAUAGUAUUUUCUUUUAUGUGAAAGGUCAAAGAACAAUCUAAAUAUCUGAUGGAUCCUAACAAGUCUGCCAGCGCUCCCCCGAUGGGAUGGACCGACGAGAAGUCUUCCCUGGCUCAGCCUCCCCCCUACCAGGAGCAGCCGUACCCGGGACCCCAGCACCCCGGCCCCGGAUACCCCACGCAGCCGGGCUACGGCUACCCCCCUCAGUAUGGAGCGGGCUAUGAGCCCCAGCAGCAGCAGCCUUACGGCAUGGGCCAGCCGUACCCUCCACAGAGCGCCGUCACCGUCCAGCCCACGGUGUACGUGACUCAAAGCCCCCUGGAGAACCCUGUUGACGACUACAUGUGCUACUCCAUCUUCACCAUGCUCUGCUGCUGCCUGCCACUUGGAAUCGCUGCCCUCAUCCACUCCAUCUCAGCCCGCGAAGCCAACUACACGGGCAACCAGUUGGCAGCAGAGCGGAACAGCAGGAUGGCCAGAACUCUGAACCACGUGGCUCUGGGACUGGGAAUCGGGGCUCUAGUCCUGAUGAUCGUGUACGUGGUGGUCGUCGUCGCCAUGGUCUGAGUCAGCUUCAGCACCUUGCUUGUUUUGCAUCGGAUAAUCUGAGAUUUGGAACAUUAAAUACCAAUGGCAUUUUUGUUCUGGUAUUGAAAAUCUGUAACCCUUCAGUCACCUUAUAUUCAUUAGAAAAGUCUUUGAAAUUUUAUUGGAAUUAUUGCUCUACAUAUAAUGUAAUUAAUUAAAUUGAUAAUAGACACUAAAUAGGGAUAUUGUCAACUUUUGCCAUUUCUUUUGAAUUUGCACCAAAUUUGUUUUAUUUCUUCCAGUCAAAGUGGCGUGUACAUUUGGUUUUAAAAGAAACAAAAGAAACAAGAGCUGUUAUGGCAGACUGUUAAUUGUUUAGCCAGUGUUUCUGAAGCGGCCUGAAAGGAAACCUUCGUGUGUUUCAUCUUUGUUCUGGGUGUUUGGCAGCCAUUUUUUAAUUUUUACUGUUCUCAAACUUAAAUCCAAAGCUUUUUUUAGUAUAUGGAGUUUCUUUUAUAAAUAAAGAAUAUGGAGAGAAAACACA